UCUUUGUUUUAAGAAACUUAAUUAAACUGCUGCAUGGCCCAACCUAGGCCCCCGCAUCGCGGUUGCUUGCUGAUUAAAAAAUGCAGGCACAUGCUCAUGUCCAGCCCUUUAUGUAUCGGUAAAAGUUCUCGUCCUUGCGUAAUCCCAUUGUAAUAUAAUAUCCCAACUAACAAGCCAAAUCAAACAUAAGAAUAUACACAUGUCACAAUCGCCUCAACACAAGCGUCAGAAGAUGUCCAAUGGAAGAAACUUUGAGGACUACGAAGAACUCAACAUCAUUGGAACAGGCGCCUAUGGGACUGUCUACAGGGCCCGGGACACAGUUACGGGCAAUAUUGUGGCCCUGAAAAAGAUCCGCAUCGCCCUCAAUGAGAACGGAGUACCGAUGUCCACGUUGCGGGAGAUCUCCCUGCUGAAGCAGCUCAAUGCGAGCGAUCACGCCAACAUUGUCAAACUGUUCGAAGUAUGCCAGUUUCUGGAGCGCGACGGACAACUAAUGAUUCUCCUGGUCUUUGAGCACCUGGAGCAGGAUUUAUCUGACCUCAUCGAACGCCUGCCCAAAUCGGGCAUGUCCCCCAUCACAAUCCAGCGUCUGUCGCGGGAGCUCCUGACCGGCGUGGACUUUCUGCACUCGCAUCGCAUCAUCCACCGCGAUCUGAAACCGCAGAAUCUGCUAGUUUCCGCUCAGGGCCAUCUGAAGAUCGCCGAUUUUGGUCUGGCCAAAACGUACAACUCCGAAAUGAAGCUGACAUCAGUGGUUGUUACGCUGUGGUAUCGCGCUCCCGAGGUACUUCUUAUCCAGCCCUACAACAGUUCCGUGGAUCUCUGGAGUGCCGCCUGCAUAAUCUUUGAGAUGUUCAACCGGAAGGCUCUGUUCCCGGGCACAUCAGAGAAGAACCAGCUGGAUCGUAUAUUCGAGCUGACGGGCCGACCCACAGAUCAGCAAUGGCCCAAAACCAUCUCUGUGGCACGGGAGCAUUUCCCUCACCGCCUUCCCAAGCGGCCACGUGACUUUUGUCCCAACCUGUGCGAGUUCUCCGAUGACCUGUUGAAUCAAAUGCUGUCGUACGACAUAAACAUGCGCCCCUCGGCCCUGGUUUGCCUAGAGCACGAUUACUUCACGCAGGAGCCUCUUUAAGACAGGGCCACCGAUGGGUACAAUGGACAGAGCUCCCAGACGUAGUCGGGUGGAGUUCGUACGCAUUGGAUGGCCGCAACCAGUGUUUUGUUCUUGUCAUAAUGUUCCUUUAAAUGCAGUCCAGCAUGUCGUUCAUUUUCCAGUCUAGGUGUCUUGCCCUGCACCCGGGUCCAGGUCCUAAGGCAGAAGCAGGAGCUGAAUGAAUACCAUACCUUAAUAUGUUUUAAGUCGUAAGUUAAGUGUAGAACGUGCGCAAAACGUGUAGCCGCUAAAUCCCCAAAAGUGGAACGAUUGUCGGGGAAGAUCAGUCCCAUUCGAAAUGUGAUACAACAAGUUCAGGAAUACAUUAUACAAUUUCAAAAUUUUGUACAUCAGCAGAAAUAAUCUAUAUUUGUGCCUAUGUGCAGAAACUAUGUUUGUAAAUACACGUAUGUAUGUAUGUAAGUAUACAUAUAUGAUGCAUUGAUACCUA